AAAUCUUAUGACAAGACUCAGUAUAAAAUUGACAGAGCCAACCGAUUAUCGAACCGAGUAAGAAAAUUAUAUAUGUUUAUGUAUAAUUCAAGUGUACGCUGAUAACGAAAAACGUUAUACCGUUUUUUUUUUCAACAAAUAAAAUUGACUUCUUCGGUGAAAGAUAAUCUGAUCCACAGCUACUGCAGUCAAUCCCUAUCGCUAUGGUUUGCACUUUAAUCGCCCACUCUCUGAUAUUCUGAUAUCAGCUCGUCCUACUUGGUUUACUUUCCGUUUAAGAAAUUGCCCACAGCCUCAGUGACCCGAUGUUCUUUGGGUUAUAGCUGCGAUUGAGAGGAAGUUAUCACAGUAGCUCUUGAACGAUGCUGCGACACGUUGUUCUCUUGGUGUUUGCACUGCUCUGGGGAUCGAGUCUGGAGGAGGAGGUGCCUUGUGCAUCAUCACCAUGCAUCAGGGUUGAUAUUUAUUAUGAGUCACUCUGUCCAGACAGUGUCAGAUUCAUCAGGAACCAACUUGCACCUUCAUAUGAGGAUCUGAAGGACCACCUCAACGUCAACUUUGUGCCUUAUGGGAAGGCCAGCCAACGACGUGAUCAAUCUGGCAAAUGGCUGUUCAGCUGCCAGCACGGGCCCUCCGAGUGUCGCGGAAAUCGGGCCCAAGCCUGUGCCCUAGAUGCCAUCAACAAUUUGGAGAGAGUGAGCUUCGCUGAUAAACAAUCUCUGUCAGUGAGGCUCGUAAAAUGUGCAAUGUCCAGUCCCAAUCCGUCGGCAGUUGUUGCACAGUGCGCCAGGAACAUCAGAUUGAGCACCGAGGUGCGGAAGGAGAUAAGUGAUUGUAUGGAGACGUCGCAUGGUGACAAUCUCUUAGCAGCUCAUGGAGAUAAGACUCACAAUCUGUCACCUCCGGUCACUUUUGUGCCCACUAUCAUCGUCGAUAACGUUUUCCCAGAUGCGAAUCACGAUGAAGCCCUGAAUAACUUCAAAAAACUUAUCUGCAAUAAAAUCCCAAACAAACCGUCCACUUGUGUAAACUGAAAAUGACUUUGACAAACACAUUGUCACUGUAUCAUGUAAUAAAUGAAAUUAUCGUUGUA